UUUAUCAGAUGAGUCGAAGUCGGCAAGUUGUAUUGCGUUCGCGAAGCGCGGGAGAGUUGAGUUCUGUGUAUAAAUAUCAAUCACUAUGUAUUAGCCUCAGUUUCUAAAUGAUAUUUGUAGGAAAAUGUUGUCAGUCUGUUUGUGUUUUGUUGUAGUAGUUUACUCUGUCCGUUUGUGUAGUUCCGAGGAGGACUUGAUUGUGCAGACGACCUACGGACGUAUACGCGGCGUGGUCACUGAACGCAUCCCCGGGAAACGGAUUCACUCCUUCCUCGGAGUGCCUUACGCCACGCCACCCGUCAAUGAACUUAGAUUUGAGAGACCAAUGCCGCCCACAUCAUGGGAGGGAGUGCGCUAUGCCCAGAAGUUGCCCCCUGCCUGUAUUCAGUCUGACAUGAUGUACAUCGAUGAGUAUUUCCCCGGAUUCGAGGCCACUAGCGAGGACUGUCUGUAUCUGAAUCUAUACAUACCGGAGGUAGAGAGCAACAGGUCGGGAAAUACCUCUGUAUUAGUGUUCGUGCAUGGCGGCUCGAACCGAGACGGCAUGGGGUCCAUGUUGGAGGGAGACAUUUUGGCGGGACACGGGGGCAUCAUCGUAGUGACGAUCAACUACAGGCUGGGGAUUUAUGGUUUCGUUGCUGCCAAGGACGAAGGCCUGGACGGAACUUACGGUUUUCUAGAUCAGAUAGAGGCUUUGAAAUGGGUUAAGUCAAAUAUCGAUCAAUUUGGCGGAAAUUCAAACAUGAUAACCAUACAUGGUCACAGCGCAGGCGCAGCCAAUGUAGGGUUUCUGUCAACUUCGCCAAUGUCUAAAGGCCUUUUUCAGCGAGUGAUUGUACACAGCGGGUCCCCUUUGGCUUUCUGGGCGAUGACCGAUCCCCAGUUUCCCCAGGGUACCAACUUGAAGCCCUCAUGUAGCGAGUUUGAGGACUGUAGAAACAAAACUUACAAAGAAUACCUGAAAUCCCUAAAUAAAACACAGUUAGCCACAAUUAAAGGACUGGAAACUCCACGGGAAUUGGUCACUUUUCCGGCAGUUGUUGACGGAGAGUUUUUACCUGGGCGACCCAAUGACGUCAUCAGACAGUCUCUAAACGCUGACCAUUUCCUGCUGGCCUUCACAAAGGACGAGGGCUUUCCCAUCGAUCUAAAAAAUGAGGCGUAUGUGAAAAUGGUUGUCUCCUUUACUAAAGCCAACUUGCUCGAAGUGAUGAAAUUAUAUAAUACAGUGUUUAGAAACGUAAAGAAUUUCACAGAAAUUGUUAUCAAGGAAUACAAAGAAUUUGAAUCAUCAGCGUACAUUCUUCAGCAUAAGGUGGAUGCUGAUUUUGUGUUUUUCGCGCCAAUGAUUCGCCUGGCGGAUUUGCUGAGCCAGUACAUUAAGGAGCUGUACGUCUUCAGCUUUGAUCACGUGUCUGCACACUCGCCACAUCCACGUUGGCAAAGUGUUCCCCACGGGAUAGAUCUGUACUACGUGUUCGGGGCUCCAUUAGUCGGCCAUAAAUGGUUCACGUAUGACGACCUGGACAAGGAGGCCAGCAGGGAAGUCAUGACCAUCUGGAGCGACUUCGUAAAGGGAAAAGAAAACCAGGAUUUGCAACCAUAUCAGGAAAGUAGCAAAAAGUUUACUCAUCUGGUCUCGCGAAACAAUGAAAUACUGUUCGAAACCAAAGACUCUUUUAGAACAAGAAAAAUGCACUUUUGGAACAAAUACUUGCCUUCCAUUAACAACAAUAGCACCCUAGGUGCAAACGAAGUGAAAAUGGACCGUACUCUCAUCCCAAGCGGCUCGGCCACCCAGACAGCGAACGAAAUGAAACAGAACCGAGUGACCGUCUCUGAUAAGGAGAACUCUUCUUCAGGGUUAAGCUGUGUUCAUUGGUUGUUAGUCACCACGUGCUGGACCAUGCUCUUUUUAUUUUCUUUAUGAUAUACACAUGAUGAUAAUAUUUUUUGAUUGUUACGGAGUACUAGUAUUUCAUCGUCUUUUGAUGAAGAAUUGGAAAUUUGAUCACUCAGUAUUUCCACUUCACUGAUUCAAUUUAAAAGUCUGGAAUGUAUCAUAAACUCAAAUUUCAUUUUGAUGAAAAUCAAAUCAUUUACUAUCAAUUUAUUUUGAGAAAUUUUUCAUCCAAAAAAUGUCACAAUGUUCUUAGUUUUAUUACAUGUGAAUUCAAAAUUAUUUUCAUGUAUUAUUAUUAUUUGUUUGUGACGUUAUAUACUUAAAAAUGUAUAUAUAAUUACAUGUACUU